CACCACCAUUGUCCUCUCCCACCAGGCUCUGAGCUCCUUAAGGGUCAAGACCCUUAGCCGCAGUGCUGGUACAGGACCCUUUAUGCAGAAGACAGAAGCUAGAGGAGUAAAGGUGUUCCCUCAAGCAGCCCUUCAGAAGUGCAUCCGGUUUAACCCGGACGCCACCGUGUGGGUUGCGAAGCAGCGGAUUCUGUGCUCCUUGACCCAGAGCCUGAAGGACGUCCUGAACUACGGGCUGUUCCAGCCAGCCAGCAACGGGCGGGAUGGGAAAUUCCUGGACGAGGAGCGGCUCCUGCGCGAGUACCCGCAGCCUGUGGGCAAGGGCGUCCCCUCCCUGGAGUUUCGAUACAAGAAGCGCGUGUAUAAGCAAUCCAAUCUGGACGAGAAGCAGUUGGCCAAGCUGCACACAAAGACCAAUCUGAAAAAAUUCAUGGACCACAUUCAGCACCGUUCGGUGGAGAAGAUCGUCAAAAUGCUGGAACGAGGCCUGGAUCCGAAUUUUCAUGACCUGGACACUGGAGAGACCCCACUGACCUUAGCUGCUCAGCUGGACGAGCCCGUGGAGGUGAUCAAAGCUCUCAGAAACGGCGGGGCUCACCUGGACUUCCGCGCCAGAGAUGGGAUGACUGCCCUGCACAAAGCCGCCCGAGCCAGGAACCAAGUGGCCCUGAAGACCCUUCUGGAGCUGGGAGCAUCGCCUGAUUACAAAGACAGCUACGGGCUCACGCCGCUGUACCACACCGCGAUCGUCGGGGGGGAUCCCUACUGCUGUGAACUGUUGCUCCACGAACACGCCACCGUGUGCUGCAGGGACGAGAACGGCUGGCACGAGGUCCACCAGGCCUGCAAAUACGGCCACGUGCAGCAUCUGGAGCACCUGCUCUUCUACGGGGCCGACAUGGCGGCCCAGAACGCCUCGGGGAACACGGCCCUGCAUAUCUGCGCCCUCUACAACCAGGAUAGCUGUGCCAGAGUGCUGCUCUUCCGGGGCGGGAACAAGGAACAGAAGAACCACAACAGCCAGACUCCGUUCCAGGUGGCGAUCAUCGCGGGCAACUUCGAGCUGGCGGAAUACAUCAAGAACCACAAGGAGACCGAUGUCGUGCCCUUCCGAGAGGCCCCGGCGUACUCCAACCGCCGGCGGCGGCCACCCAACACGCUGGCCGCCCCCCGGGUCCUGCUGCGCUCCAACAGUGACAACAACCUGAACACCAGCACCCCCGACUGGGCCGUCUGCUCUGCCACCUCCCACCGCAGUCUCUCACCCCAGCUGCUGCAGCAGACGCCCGGCAAGCCCGACGGGGCCGCCAGGACCCUUGGGAGCUACGCCCCCGGGCCCCGCAGCCGGUCGCCGUCGCUCAACAGGCUGGGCGGUGCCAGUGAGGAUGGCAAGAGGCCCCAGCAGUCCUGGCACGUCGGGCCGGCUUUCCUGCCUGGUGCCAGCAAGGACACGCUGUCCGCCUUUGAGUACCCGGAGCCCAAGCGGAAGCUCUACAGUGCGGUCCCGGGGAGGCUCUUCGUCGUUGUCAAGCCAUACCACCCUCAGGUCGACGGCGAGAUCCCCCUCCACCGCGGCGACAGGGUCAAAGUUCUGAGCAUCGGUGAAGGAGGCUUCUGGGAAGGCAGCGCCCGCGGCCACAUCGGAUGGUUCCCCGCCGAGUGCGUGGAGGAGGUGCAGUGCAGGCCCAAGGACAGCCAGGCAGAAACUCGUGCAGACCGCAGCAAGAAGCUGUUCAGGCACUACACGGUCGGCUCAUAUGACAGUUUCGACGCUACCAGUGACUGCAUUAUCGAGGAGAAGACAGUGGUCCUGCAGAAGAAGGACAAUGAGGGUUUUGGAUUCGUGCUCCGAGGGGCGAAAGCGGAUACACCCAUUGAAGAAUUCACGCCAACACCGGCGUUCCCAGCCCUGCAGUACCUGGAGUCCGUGGAUGAAGGAGGGGUGGCAUGGCAAGCCGGACUGAGGACUGGGGACUUCCUGAUUGAGGGCAGGAUGGAGGGUGCUGUGCUGUGGCUCUUGCUUGCCUGA